CCUCCACAGUUGAUUCUUUGAGAAGGUAUUGUCAUGCAUAUAAAGGACGCGUAAAAUAUUCCCCCAGAGCGCAGAGCAGGGCAGAGACUCGCGGAUCGCACGCAGGACACAGACCUGGGCCACACGGUGGAUUUCUAUCGCUUUCGUCGCCACGGACCCGUCCAUCUGUCACAGACGCCCUGGCCACACGAGCAGCGACAUAUUGCCUGGACGUGUAGCCAGGAAACAGGUGGGAACGUUUAAGGAAAACCUGUGGAGACCCGGUAACGAGGAGGCUGCCCUGUGGAGAUCCUACUUCCAGUUUCCCCUCAGUGAAGACGGAGGUGUCGGUCUUCUCCAUCCCCUGCGAUAGGCGACCUGCUGCUGCUACAGAAGGGAAACUUCACCUAGAGACCCUGGACCUCUUGAGACCCUUAAUGCUUUAGGGAUUUAUAGGAUCUCUCACUUUAUUUACCUUUUUGCACACCGAGUGUGUUAUUUUCUCUAUUGUCCUUUUUGGGAUAUAUACAGUGAGCAUUUUUUAUCUUUAAGUACCUUAAAGUGCCUUAAUAACUGGUUGUAGUCCAGUGUAACUGUGGCAUUUUACCAGACCAGAGACGCUCAGCAGGGAGAAGACGUUCCUAUCAGCUUUAGAGCUCCGGGCAGGAUUACUGGUUCCCCCACCAUCCAGCGCGCUGCAACCAUGAGCCAGGCGGAGGUGUCGACGUGCUCCGCGCCGCAGAGGGUUUUCCAGGAGGCGGUGAAGAAGGGCAACACCAAGGAGCUGCACUCGUUGCUGCAGAACAUGACGAACUGCGAGUUCAACGUCAACUCCUUCGGGCCGGAGGGACAGACGGCCCUGCACCAGUCCGUCAUAGACGGCAACCUGGAGCUGGUAAAACUGCUGGUGAAGUUUGGCGCAGACAUCCGACUGGCCAACAGGGAAGGGUGGAGCGCUUUACACAUCGCCGCCUUCGGGGGCCACCAAGACAUUGUGCUAUACCUCAUCACCAAGGCCAAGUACUCCUCUGGCGCCCGGUGAUCUGUCUCAGCUGUCAGGUAAAAAAAAAGAAAAGGAUAAGACAAAUAACAGAACAACAGCAACAAUAAGUGGGGGGGAAAUCAGACUGCAACACAUGCGGGAAAGCCAGGCUCUUUUUCUGAAAGCGUUCAAAACUGC